AUGGGCCCGGCCGGGGACGGGGAGAGGUGGGAUCAGGGGAAUGACGUUACGGCCCGGUUCUUGGAGUAUUGUGGCAAGUUUAAGGAGGGGUUUGUUGGGGAGCUGAACCGGAAGAUGAAAAACGGUUACUCGGAUGACUAUUUUAAGGAGCUGUUAGGGAAGAAACGUGAUAGGGUUUGGAGGGAUUAUAAGGCAAGGUACCCCAGGUGA